UGUUUUAAAUUUGCCUACGAAACAUACAUGGAAAUAGCUAUUGAGGCAGAGAAGAUACAUGGCCCAAGUGUGCGAAAGUGGAUGCAUGAUAAUUGGAAGACUACUAUUCAAGCACAACUUCAAGAUGCUGAAUGGAUCGCUAACAAUUAUCAUCCAAGUUUGACUGAAUAUUUAAAGAGUUCUGUACCAUCUACAACAGUUCCAGUGCUCUCAUUAUUUCCCAUGCUUUUAAUUGACACAUUUUUUAAUGAUGAUAUUAUUAAAAAAAUGAACAUGUUCCAAAGUUGUGUUGCAUGGGGAUGUCGACUAAUUGAUGACUCCAAAGAUUUUCAGGAUGAGAAAGAGCAUGGAGAGAACGCAUCAUGGAUAGAGUGUUAUAUGAAGGACAAUCCUGGAACAACAAGGGAGCAAGCUUUAUAUCAUAUCAAUAUGCUCAUUGAGUUAAAUUUUGAAGAAUUGGUGAAAUGCCAUAUAUUCUAUGAGUAUGAAAUACCAACUACAUGCAAGAGAUUAUAUUUUGACAUGUAUAGGUCAGUAGCUUUCAUUUUUAGGGAUAUUGAUGGAUUUUCAAAAUCUAGCAAGGGUAUUAGGGAUGACAUAAUGAAAAUUCUAGUUGAACCUAUAUUUUUUUAGAGUAUAAGUGGGAAAAAAUAAUAGAUUUGUUUAGUACCAUAGAUAUGUGUGUAUGUUGUAUUAUAUGCAUGAAAAAUAUUUGAGAGAUAUAAGUUUUAAGAUUGUAAAGGAAUGUGACAAUUAUGUAAUCAUUAACAUAUAUUGUUCUUAGAAAAAAAUUUUGUU